AUGGAAGAAACUUCAAAAGAUUAUUCUCCUUCAAGUCCCAUGAGAUGGGUUGGCAACGGAACGGGGCUUGGUGAGGUUGACGAGCGCUCUGAAACUAAUAAGACGACCAACUGCGCCAUUGGAGGUGUCGAAGGUGGUGAGAUUAUGCAUGAAGUUUCUCUUGGAACGUCGCCACAAGUGAGAGAAAAGAUUGAGAAGGCUUCGCCAAAAACAGCGAGGGAUGUUGCGUUGAGAAUGUAUGAGAGCAUGAAGAGGCAUGGGUUGAGAGAAGAGGCUGGCAAAGCAUUAUUUGAGAUUGAAGAAAUGGAAGAAGAAAAAGAUGAUGAAAGUGGAGUUAUGAUGAGAAAGAAGAACAAGGAGGAGGAGAAGAACAGCGAAGAGCUUUUAGGGAUGGAUUAUUUGAUGAAAGAUGGUUUUGUUAGUUAUCUCAGAGACAUGGCGAGAAUUACACCUCCGAUUCCUCAGCAGGUUGUAAGGUUUUCAGGGAUAAAGUACUCAAAAAAGUUAGAGAUUAGAGAGAAUGAAUAUGAAACAUUUGGAAAUAAAUUGGUGGGGUGUUUUGUGGGUCCUCUCAAGACUCUUUUCCAGGGCAAGAACUCCACAUGGAUGCACAUUCUCAAGGGUGUAGAUGGCUACAUCAUGCCUGGAUCAAUGACCCUCCUCCUCGGGCCACCAGGUAUCCACACCAACCCACCUGGGUUCUCUGCCAUUCCUAAAAUUUUACAUUUCUUUGUGUAUAAAAUCAUCGAGAAAUCAAAUUUUACAGGGAGUGGCAAGAGCAGUCUUCUUGAAGUUUUAGCAGGAGCAGUAAAAUCAACUAAGAGCUCUAUCUUGGAUGGAACAGUCAAGUACAAUGACAAAUAUGCCUCAGAAAUUCAUCUUAGCAGACUCAUUGCCUACACUAGUGGACAACUUAACAAACACAUAUCGUUUCUAUCAGUUCGAGAGACACUUGAGUUUGCGAGGGACUGUACUCAGGGCCUUCGGCCAGAGAACUUCACUCCACAGAUGAGAAAAUUUUUCGCUCAUGCACUUGUGGAGGGACAAGAUCCAUUUCUGGAGUAUGUGCUAGAAAUUUUAAGCUUGAAAGACAUAGAAAACAAACUUGCUGGAGAAGAGAUCUCAGACAUCGAUCACCAGAAGCUCACAACAGCUGAAUUAGCACUUGGAACGUAUUCUGUCAUGCUCUAUGAUCAACCCUUUUCCGGGUCAGAUUUAGCAGCUACAUAUGACCUUGUUGAUACUGUAAGAGCCAUCAGCAGAAUUCAGCAAUCUUCUGCAAUAAUGUCAUUGACACAACUAUCAGAGGAAGUGUUCAAUCUUUUUGAUAGGAUCAUAUUACUUAGCAAUGGCCACAUCUUGUACCAAGGGCCAUGCCAAGAUGCCAUCCCUUACUUUGCUAAACUCGGGUAUGUCAAGCCAUCAUAUGUGGAGUCCCAUGAGUUUCUUGAAGAUAUCAUAGUUGGAGCUGGUUCCCAGUAUUGUACUCUAGGAGCAAUACCCUUGACCGUGGAUGAACUUUUAGAGUGUUACAGAGUUUCAGAUCACUACAAAGACAUAAUGAGAAUUGUUAAUGGAGAUGACAUGAAGCACACCUAUUGGGUAGAAAGUGAACCUGGGCUUGGAUUGUCCCUUAAAACGCCAUCCAAGUACCACAACUCAGUUGAUGCUAAGCUGAGAAGAGAUACAGAAUUGGUGGUUGCCAAGGUUUCUCCCAAGAUAGAGCACUCCGGGGGAAUAGAGAGCACAGGAAGGGUCCAAAUCGGAGACGUUGUCACAGCCAUUUCUGUGAACAAUGAAGAAAUGCAGUACCUUUCCGUUGGACCUCGAAAGACCAAGCGUGAACGUGCUGCACAUGUAUACUCAAUGUUGAAGCAAGAACAAGGUCGCAUUCGUCUCCAAGUUGAGCGCUACAGAGAAGAGGAAGAAGAGUACCACACUCAAUGGGAGCAGUUUCAGGGGCCCUUUGUGCAGACAUGGAGGAAAUCUACAAAGACCCUUAUCAGAAGACAAAUCAAGAUCACCAAGAGACUUCAUGCUUUAAUCAAAUUAAGACUAUUCCAGGUAAUUAUUCUUGGCUUGUUCGCAGGAACACUAUUCUACAAACUUGGGGGUCAGUACAACCAACAGAAAAUGAACUCAGUAAGGGCACUUGGGUUUGUAUCCACCAUGAGCAUAAUGCUCAUAAAUCUGGUGCAGCUUCCUUUAUACAUGCUACAAAGGCCUAUAUUUUACAAGCAUAGGGCACAAAGAUUUUUCAGGACUUCUUCAUACGUAGUAGCUCAUUGCAUAGUCAAUGUCCCUCAGACCUUCAUAGAAGCAUUGGUGUACACUCUCUGCAUUUAUUUUCUAGCUGGGCUACCAUUGGCAGGAAAUAUGGCACCAUUUUUGGAGUGUCUGGUCCUCUUGUUCUUGGUAGCAUACUUUGGUUCAUCAGUUUUCUUCUUUCUAAGUGCCAUCUCCUCAAUUCCGGAAGUUGGAAACAGUUUGGCAGGUCUAUUAGUUUCCAUCUUCCUACUCUUCAGUGGCUUCGUGAUCUAUCCAUCCAAUGUCCCAACUUACUGGAAAUGGCUCAUCUAUGUAAAUCCACUUCACUGGGCAAAUGUGCUGUUUUGCAAAUACCAGUUCAGUGAGGGCUACAGAGACCCCUGCUCAAACUACCUUAGGCAACUUCCUUUCUGUGACCAGUUCCCAACAAUGACUGCAGGAAAAGCUUACCUGACCUUUUGUGAGCUUUCUGAAGAUGCCAAGAGAACUUGGCUACCAUAUGCUAUUUUACUGGGGUGGAUAGUGCUUGCCAACUUCCUGGCAUUAUGGGGGCUACAUAACAUAGAAUUCACAGGAGCAAGCCAGUCAUUACCCUAUCUCAGAAAGACUCCAAAAAUUAGAAAUUAUGACGAUGAUGAUUCAGAGAAUGAAUUUCAGAUGCGCAAUGCAAAUAGCAAUAUUUCUAACGAUUUUUCCAGGCACUCUACCCCACAGAACUUAUAUUCAGAACAUGACCAAUCAAAUACUACGAUUAAUGAAUACCAUGUUGAUAUGGAGGAGAAUGCACUCGGCAUUCCAGUGGAGCCAGUGACUCUCCUAUUUGAGGAUCUGUCAUUUUCCAGGUAUAACAAAGGAUUAAAUGAGAGUACGCCAGUUUUCAGUUGCAUCGCAGGCUAUGCUAAACCCCAGAUCAUGCUAGCCCUAUUAGGUGGUUCUAGAACAAGUAAGGCCACACUCCUCAAAUGCUUAGCAGGAAGAAUUCCUUUAAUCGGUAGCUACAGUGGCAAUAUCCGGACAAGUGACAUCAGGACAGGUGCUGCUUCUAGAUUAAUAGGUUAUGUUGAGGAGCUUGAUGCUCACCAACCUUACCUCUCUGUACGAGAAUCCCUUCAGUUCAGUGCUGCACUUCGUCUUGGAAAAGAUAUUAGUCCCAUGAACCGUCAUAUCCAUGUCGAACUGGUCCUUGACCAACUUGGUUUACUUCCCCAUUGCAAUCAACUAGUUGGCUCCCUUCGUGAUGCCACUGGAAAGACAUUUGAAAUAGCCAAAAAGAUUUCCAUUGCAGUUGAGCUGGCAGCAAACCCAAGUAUUCUCCUUCUUGAAGAACCAGUUUCUGGCCUUGAUACCACAGGAACUUUGAACAUUCUUAAUAUUCUCUCCCAAAUGUCAAAUUCAGGACGAACCAUUAUUGCCUCUCUAACACACCCUAAUGCACGAACAUUGUCCUUCUUUGACCUGGCUCUCAUUCUAACAAAGGAAGGGAAUCAAGUAUAUUUUGGUCCCAUAGGAUCCAACUGCGACAUAAUGCUGGGAUAUUUUAUAUCAAUCUGCAGGACUCAGUAUUCAAGAAAAGAAAGUCCAGUUAGCUAUAUCAUGGGGGCUCUUGGCUUAGGAAUAACAAAGAGAAGCAAUCCUUCAAUAAAUUUUGCAGAAAUUUACGAGGCUAGCACCUUGCAAGAGACCAACAAUGAUGAAAUUUCCAUCAUAAAGAAGUUUACCAAGAACAGGAAAUCAAAGAAUCCAUAUGCCACUUACCCAACUCCAUAUUCUCUUCAAGCUGUUUUGGUACUACUAAGAACCCAGAGAUUCUUAUGGAGGAAUGUACAAUACACAUACGGUAGACUUACAGGAUGCGUCAUGAUUGGUCUCCUGAUGGGUUCUCUUUAUUUUCAAAUUGAAUACAGUGAUACAUACGGUGCAACUUCACGUUCACUCUACAUCUACAUGCAAGUAAUACUCAUAGGCGUGAUCUCAGCCAACAAUGUUAUUCCCCAAAUUGGCACAGACAGGUUGGUGUACUUUCGAGAGAAAAGGUCUAGAAUGUACCUUCCAAUCUUUUAUCCACUAUCAUGGGCAGUAGGAGAGAUUCCUUACUUUUUCAUUGCAACACUUGCAGUAGUAGGGAUUGGGAAUGGCCUGGCAGGGAUCGGAACAGGAUCAGCUGUGGAAUUCAUAAGGUACUGGAUUGUGCUAUUCAUGUUCACACUGAGUGUAACUUAUUUUGGGAUGAUGAUCACAUUCCUAGCACCAGUGCCAACACUAGCUGCAUUUGCUGUGUCGAUAGUAACAUCGCUUUGGGUAUCUGCUUCGGGAGUGGUGGUUGUCCUAUCUGACAUAAAGUUCUACAAAUGGUUGUACUGGACAAAUCCAUUCCAGUAUGCAAUGAAUGCAAUGACCGCUGUCAGUUUUUACUGUGAUACUAGGAACUGUGGAUCAGAAUGCCAGUGUCCAAGGUUUCCAGAUGGUUCUUAUGUGUGGGAUAGACUGGCAACAGUGAGAAGUUUGAGCUAUGAAAGACUAGAAAAAGACAUACUCAUAUUGACUGCAAUGUGCGUGCUAUUUUCCAGCCUUGCCUUCAUAUUCUUCAUAGCGCUGAAGCACAACUCACCCUCUAAUGUAUAGCAUGAUCAUACAGAUCUUAUCAUGACAAACAUUGAAACAUGUAUUUGAAGCAAGUUUUAAUAUAGAAUAACACAGAAACAUUUACUCUGUUAAGUAAUUGAGACGACACAACUAGAUAGAUCAGAAGGAAGC